AUGCGAUAUUUAGGGGCCACCGCGAAAUCAUCGACAACCUCGUCUCUAGCUAAGAACUGUCAUAUUAUCAAGCACUCCUUUGGCGCAGUCCCCCCGUACUGGAAUAUGAAAUUUCACGUCGUUCUUUUCGGUUCCGGCCUCCUAACCGGUUCUUCUCUGGCUUUGAGAGGCCCGGUUCCACGGGUUGACUCGACAGGUUCUGCGCUCACGCUUUUCACUUCGUCAUCGGGCCAGACUUCUUUUCCGGUUGGAACGGCUUCGUCUACAUCCGGAGUGGCUCCUUUACCAAGCGGUUCCCAGGGUGUUGGUCCAAAAUGUGGUAAAGGCUAUACCUACUGUGGCUAUAUGCUCACUGAAAACGGUCAUAAUUUCGCACCUAAUGAUAUCAGCAAGGCUUAUUGCAAUGGCCUCUCGGAGCUCUGCACAAAUAGCAAGCCUAAGACGAAUGUUUCCGAAGCUGUCUUUGUCUGCAUGAACGAGCAGCCGUCUAGCGUUGAGCUCUUGUGCGCCUGUAGUAGCAAGUGCCGCAACGACGCUGACACUAACUUCAUCGCCCAUUGCGACAAGCCUUGCAUCAACGCAUGAGCACGGGAUAGGAUUCAAGCAUACGGAAAGGGGGUGAAAUGGGAGUUUGUUAAAACAUCCACUUGACGACGGGAUGGCCGCUGUGUGGUUAGUAGUAUGCAACGUCACUCGUUAGUUACAUGUAAUCCGAAUUCUACUCUGCUUAUUAGCCUAGGUAUUCUAUAGGCG